UUGAGAAUUUGCAGGUAGCUGGCCGAAGACGAAACCGCAGCAAAAAACCCUUUGAAGCGGUGAAGGGAGGGGGAGAGCAGGCAGAUUAGAUCGAUCCGAAGAUGGAUAAAAGCAUGUUAGGAGACCUCGACAACCUUCCCGAGGCUGACAAGAUCCGAAUGUCUGGGAUGAUUGACCAGCUCCAGAUCCGCGACAGUUUGAGGAUGUACAACUCACUCGUGGAGAGGUGCUUUAGCGACUGUGUUGACUCCUUCAAGCACAAGAAAUUGCAGAAGCAAGAGGAGACCUGUGUCCAACGUUGUGCUGAGAAGUUCCUAAAGCACUCGAUGCGAGUCGGUAUGAGGUUUGCUGAGUUGAACCAAGGAGCAGCGACACAGGAUUAGACUGAUUUAGCCCCAAGCAAAAGAGCUCCAAAUUACUGUUUAAUGAAGUUUUUUCGAUUCCAUAUGUCUAGGAAUUGAUGAUUAUAUUGCUUGUACUCGAUUUUCUUCCCCUCGAUAUUAGGAGGGUGUCUCAUCUAAGAGAGCGCACUGUUGUAAUAAGCUUGAGGCAGUCUCAUUUUUUAGGAAAGCAACGUGAAAUCGUGUAAAACUAAAAUGCAGCAGUUCCUUGCAAAUGAAUGCAGCCAUGUUUUUGUAAUUGGAUCA